UUCACAUUAGCGAAAAGUUUAAAAAUUUGCAUCCAGUGAUUAGCAAAGGCAAUGUUUUCCUUCUUCAAAAGCAAGAAACCAAGCCCGGACCACACUCCGGUGGAACCCAUUCCGGGACACAUCCCCCCGGCUCCCAAGGAGGACGAUUUCAUUUUCAUCGAACGGAAGGGAUCCAUUCCGUCGCCUUCCUCGUCCGGAGCUAACGAAUCACCUUCGCGAGGCGGAUUCUAUCCCAGCCUACCGGAGGCAUCCGGAACGAAUCCCGCUACACCAGUGCGUCGACAGCACAGCGAAGACCAGGGCGCUCAUCAUCAUGUGCUGCACGGAGUGCCAUUCAAACUUUCGCCCGAACUGGCCAAGGAUAGCAACUUGGAAAUUACGCAGUACCACGCCAAUGAGGUCCUUUCGUUCAUCACAAAAACGGCUACCAUCCGGCUGGAGUACGAUUUCAGCCUCGAGAGAAGUGUGCUGUACGAAGGAUAGGCGAUAGGGAUCUACGCGAAAAGGCUCAACAUAUACUUCUGUAGGAAUGGAGAAUUAUUGCAUCAGCUUUGUGAAUUAUGCUUUAAAUAUUUAGGUACAAUGCUUGUCGUUACUAUUAGCGAAUGAUUUAUAUUCUUAUCGUAUAUGUAUAUUUACAAUGACGAUUCUGUCGAUUGGAAGAUGCAACCAAUGCCUAAUCAUCGACUGUGAUUGCAUGUUGGUUUAAGUUGCACAGUGAAGGACUUGAACAACUAGAACGCUUUAAGAAGCCAUACUAUAUGAUUGUCAUAAGAUAUUUCAAAUAAACAAUACAAUAUCGAUAGUG